CUGCUGAGACUUCCAGCAUAUAUCCAACCCCUCAGAUUUCAAACAAGACAGACUGGAGCGAUAGCACAGCAGGUAAGGUAUUUGCCUUGCACGUGGCCGACCUGGAUUUGACUCCUCCAUUCCUCUCCGAGAGCCCGUUGUGUUAUUUCAUGGAGCUUACCAAACUGUCAGAUAUGACAAAGCUCCACCAAGCUGUGGCUGCAGGAGACAGCAAUUCAGUGAAGAAGAUUUUGAAGAAAGGUCUCUGUGACCCAAACUACAAGGAUGUAGACUGGAAUGACCGGACUCCACUUCACUGGGCUGCAAUCAAAGGGCAUUUAGAGGUGUUGCAACUGCUGAUUGAAUAUGGAGCCAGGCCCUGCCUCGUAACUGAUGUGGGCUGGACCGCAGCUCAUUUUGCAGCAGAGUCAGGUCAUCUGAACGUGCUCAAAAUCCUCCAUGCGUUGCAUGCUGCCAUCGAUGCCCCUGACUUCUUUGGAGACACCCCAAAGAGGAUCGCACAGAUCUAUGGACAGAAAGACUGCGUGGCCUUCUUGGAGAAGGCAGAGCAGGAGUGCCUGGUCUACCGCCUCACCGCCAGCCAGAAGGGGCUGCUGCUUGAUCAGCAGGACGAAGACUGGGACGCCAAGAAAAGAGAGCUGGAGCUGUCGCUUCCUUCCUCAAGUGAAAACAAGAAGAAAAAGAGUAAGAAAAGUCGAUGUCCCCUCAGGGUCAACAAAACCAAGGAGAAAAAAGCAUGAGAAGAAACCUAACUUCCGGGAACCUGGUUCCUAGAAGGUCACGUGCCCUGGCACUAACUAGAGGGCUUCAGGAUGCGUCAUCUGGGUAAGAUUUCACUCAUAUAGCUUCAAACCAGCUGGCUCCCACCUAGGGCCUCUAGCCAGGCAUUUACUCUGGCACUCAGCAGGCUGCUGUUGCUUCUUUGCUAAUACCUUACUCUCCACAAAUAGACCAGCAGAUGACUGAUGUCAACUGCCAGCAUUUUGUCAUCAUGAUGCACCAAUCAGCUUCUACCUAACUCACCACCUGCCCUCCCCAUGCAAUUAGAAACCAGGCAAAAAAUUUGUAAACAAAGCUACUCCCAGUUUCCCAGUGGAGUAGAGACCCCAAUUUCUGAAGGAACAAUCUGACAAUAGUCGUGAGAAAUAAUUAGAAACUUUGACAUCAACUACUUUGAUCCCUCAUAACUCUGUGAGAAAU